UGACUGUCCGCUCUUGCUUAAACAAUUAGCACUAGGGCUAUGGAGAAUGUGCCCCCUCUUGCAAUGAACGGCGACGACGUUCCUUCGCUCGACGACCUCCUCUACUCCAAACGCAACGUGAAAGCCUCGAGGCAGAAGCGAUCACUUGCCCUCAACUCCAGGACCAAUGCCGAUAACGAUGAUGGCCGCUCCGAAGACGAUUCUGGCCUCUUGACACCCCCAUCGUCUCAGCGAGAGCUCGAAGAAGACGAUAUGGAUCCCGCGCGAAUGCUGUUCAGCCCACCCCCGGAGGAGGUACUCAGAGGCAACGGUCGCAGCUCGACAUCUCGUGCACGGUCUGUUCCCGUUCAGCUUCCCUUCACCCCGUCUCUUCUUGCCGACCCUGCGCCGGGCGCGGCCGCGUCCAAACGCAAGAGACACGCACACCAACGUUCUUCGUCUCAUACUGCUCUGAGCUCCAUCGUCGACAGCCCUUCUACUAGUCAGGUUCCAGCCGAAGCUACCCCGAACCCGAAACCCCGCAAACAGUCGAAACGCCAUGCACCCACCAUUACGAUCGAUUCUCCAACUCGUCCGUCGGCUGAGCCGCUCGACGAGCCUUCCACGCCUACGCGUGCGUCUUCGCAGCGCCGAAGCCAGUCUCCAACAAAGCGCUCUCUCUUUGCCUCCCCUCAUCACACCAACCCGGAUGCCGACUACAUCGCGCCCCUCCCCGUUCUCUCACGACAAAGUCUUUCUGCCCGACGCCGAUCUGCCACUCCGAUUCCCCCAUACGAGCCGCCACGCGAGCGGUUCACCCCACCACGCGAAAUUAUACACACCCCGCCUCCUGUCGCGCAAUCCCCGUCGAAGGUGUCCAAAUCCAGCAAGCGUAAAUCUACGGCUCCGAAGAGCAAGAAGAAGCUCGUGAUACAAGUCAAGACGGAACCUCCCGAGGUCGACCUUCUCGAGCCACCGCCGCCACCUUCACCUACCGACGACCCAUUGCUUCUGAAAGGCACAGACAGACCCAGGCGCCAACAUAAGCCUCGUGUCAGCAACUUGUCAACUUCGUCCUCUACCCACUCGAGAGAGACACCAUCUAUCGCGUCUAGCUCUCCCGUGAGCCCUCCCCGCGCGGGCGGGAUCGGGCGCCUCCCUGACCUGAACUCCAGCAUGGACGUCAGCAUGCUGGACCACAGCUACGACAGCGCGGAGGACUCGUUUGCGGGUCCUGAGGCGCCCGUAUUCGAUUUCACGAAUGCGGCAGAUAACAGCGCCGCCUGGGACGACCAGGAAUCGGACGACUCGGACGACUUCGACCAGACGGGCGAGUAUACGGGUCGGUUCAAGAUCCUCACCGUGCCCACGAAGGCAGAUCCGCCGAGCAGCUGCACGCGCACCCGUCAACAGGCUUGGGGGCAUCCCAUCAGCCCGUUCCCUGGCUCAAGCGGACGGCGGACAAGCCUCCCGAGUUCUCCGCCGCUUAGGGCAGGCCCGGACGAGGACGGUGAGAUGGACUUCGAGGAGAGCCCCGACGAGGACGACGUGUUCUUCUUGGAUGGCCUAGUCAACGCGGAUACGUCCACCGAUGGCGAUAUGUCGCUGGAGACCGUCGAUGCGUCGGAAGAGUCUAUGGAGAUACACGAGACCCCUCGGGCUCACACGCCUAUGCGCUCGCCGUCGCCACUGCCUAUCGUUGACGUGCCCGAGUCAGGCGACGCUAGCAUCGUUCACCAUCCUGGGGACCACCAUGUCCGCUUCGCUGCGCGGAGACUGUCGGAGGAGCACUACGACGAAGAUGUGGACAUGUCUAUGGACGACGUAUCCUACGAGAGCAACCAGGUCGACUCUGUUCCCGCCCAUUCCCCGCCACCGUCUGAGGAACAUCAACACGGACCAUCCCCUGAGCCCGAGCAUGCAAACACGUCUCUCAACCAUGCAUCCAUGUCACACGAUACGCGAGUCGUUGAAGAAGAGCAUUGGAGCGAUUCUAGUGACGAAGAGACGGUCGACCGCGAGCUCUCGCGCGAGCCCGAUCCGGAGAGCGACGACGAGGACCGUCCCCCGCGCCCGACUCUGCUCACGCCUGCUCGCGCGAUCACCCCAGCACGUUCCACUUCUCCGCAAGUGCGGCCACGCGGAUUCCUCUCGAUCGCGUCUCCACUCCGUCGACAGAAGUCUCCAAGUGUUCAAGCGCGCAGUGUGUCGCCCGUGGAGCAGUCGAUGCCCUCCAUACACUCCGUGUUUGCGACUCCCAGCGUACCCCGCGUAUUCGUCGAGGGUGCGUCGGACUCGUCCGCGCGCGGGGCGAGAGAGGAGACGCAAGAGACCGCAGUGGAGGAGCAGGACAUGGACGUCGAGGACGGUGCAGACGCUGCUACGGAGGUCGAGGACGGCAGCUCGGACGAGAACGAACAGCUCGAUGACGGAGUCAUCAAGAUCACGAGCGGCGACCCGCGUGUUGCUGCUCGCGCCGCGGCGAUCCUGAAGAUGCACGACUACGACUUCGUCAUCCAGGAUCCGGCGCGCAAGCGUCGGUUUUCCAGCGUCGACUCCGCGGUGCGCAAUGCGCGCCGGAAGUCUGUCGUUGAGGGUGGGAUCACCAAACACAACACCCCAGUGAAGCGGCGGCGCACCUUCGGUGGCGUCCUUGGGGACAGGGUCAUUAUUCCAGGCAGCCCCUCGAUGACCGUACCCGAGCUCCUGCACGAGGCCGAGCGGACCGUCGAACAACGCCUGCACACACCUGCGCGCGCUACGUCGUUCCUCAGCGACAGCGGAAUGUUCAAAGUCCCUCUGGACAGGUCGGCGUUCGAGACUCCGGGGCCGCGCCAGAAGGUGCAUGCUCGUCCGGUGUUCAACUCAUCUGGGCCCCGUAGCUGGGACAAGGACGACUGGAAACUGCUGGACGCGUGCUUCACGGACGAGCGACUUGCCCUGGGGUCGCACAAGCGGCCACUUGGCGAAGCUGUCCUAGCAUCCGUCGAAGAUGUGGACUUGAACCAAGUUGUCGAGAGGUUCUUGGAGCAGACGGGCGGAGUGCCCAUGGAUGAGUGUUGGCCUGGAUGGAACCAGGAGGAUCUGCUACGGAGGACGUAUGCGCUUCAGAAGAAGCAACGUUCGGGCAAGGUCGCACCACCCACUCCGAGCGGCCGCUUUGCGUCUGUGGCCUUGUCAGAGGUGCCCGACUUCACUCCCCUUCCUAGCAGGCAGUCGUCCAUGCAGCCGGGGUUGCAGCGUCGGGAGUCGGCAUCGAGCGCGUACAGCGUCAAGGCCUCAGUGCCUGCAUCCCUGCUUGCGCCCCGCUAUUCCCAUCUCCUCGACGAAGCCAUCGCGAUCUCGAAGGGAGAGGGCACCACACAGAGCAACGUGCAACCGGUCGAGUACCGCAGCACAUCUCUCCCUGCGCCCGAAACGCCCAACCGCCCAGAGACCGAAGGCACCGAAACUGCGAACCUAUCAGUGGUCGCACCUUCCCCCAGAGCCGCGUCGGAGCGGCCCCAGACCCUGAUCACCCCGAGCCGCUCAAUCGGCUCGCGCAUGAAAGGCUUCUUCUUCUCCUACCUCCCCACCGCGACCAAGACCACGCAGCCUAAGAAGCCCGCCGCCCCCGCGCACCCUGGCCUGCCCAUCCCGCCCCCCGAGAUGUUCCAGAAACCCCGGCCGCCCAUCUCGACCCCAGUCUCCAAGCCGCCCUCGAAGACCGUCCACCCGAAGGAGCUCGUGCAGCUCAACCACGCGCCGCCCCCCAAGCCGUCGCGCAUCCCGCGCUUCGCGCAGAAACCGCAGCGGCUGGUCGAGCUGCACCCCGCGCCCCCACCCCCGGAGCCGCGCCCGCGCUCGUCGCUCGGGCUCGCUGGGGACAGACGGAGCAGCAGCGGGAGCGUGAAGGAUUUAGUGAGGAGCUUCGAGACGUUCGAGAAGCAGCAGGAGCGCGAGCGCGCGGAGGAGGCGACGAGGUUGCGCCGGGUGAGGAGUGUUGGGGAGUGGGCGGCGCAGGCGGGCGGGAGGGGGAAGACGGCGACGGGGCCGAAGCGGGGGACGUGGAAGCCGUGA